UUAAAUUCAUCCAUUCGAAAUCUUUUUAUAAUCUAUCACAACGCAGGAUUGGGAGCUCAAAUUUUUCGUGUAUCGUCACAUCCAGUAAGAGCAUUCCAGGGCUCCGAUGCUUUGUUUCAGUGGACCCUCGAAAGCCGCUUAACAUCAAGAUCCGAUUUCCAGGGAAUGGUGUUCGGAGUUUGGAGAAAUGGAUACGUUGCCUCAUACAUUCUCUCAGUAACCAGUAAAGGGGAUGUUUUCCCAAACCCAGACCUCAAACACGAGGUCCCAUCCCUGGAGGGUCGCGUGCAGUGGAAAGGAGACUUGUCCCAAUCUGUUGCAGCUUUCCAGAUCUCUCACAUCAUUGCCGAAGAUCAGAUGGACUAUGGUUUAAGACUGGAGUUUGGUGCCUUGAAAGAACCUGAGUCUGAUUUUCUCAGUCUUCGAGUUGAAGGUAACCAAGAAACAGCUGAACAUUAACUACUCAACAUCUUUAGCACCCUUGUAAAUUUGAUACAUGGACGUCCAAGACAAUAAUCAUUUUUUUAAUGCAGGAAAGAGUGACGACUCAGCGAUCACAGCCUCACCUUCUAGCCCCCUCUCAGUAACACCAGGAGGAAACAUGUCUUUCCAAUGCGAAUUUCACGUGGGAGAUAAGGACAAAGUGGUCUACGAUGGCAUAACUGUUGGAAUCUGGGAAAGAGGAGGAAUCUUGUUGACCCUACUGACAUUGGCAAAGAACGAAACCCUCAUCAUGAAUCCGAAACUUGAUCAGGAGGUGCCGGCUUACCACGGAAGAGUCUUCGCCAAGACAUGGUCCAACAGGACAACCAAUACGUCGGUGAUGACCAUCGAGAUAAACAAUAUAAGAGAAAGCGAUAGAACAUGUUAUGGAUGUGGUAUGUACUUUGGGCCCUUUCAAGAGUUGCUUGGAGCAGCAGUUAGACUAGACAUACAAGGUAUGUGAUAUCUUGUGAUUUCACUGUCAAUUUUCAAAAGUUCUUGAGAAAAUUUUGUUCCUGACAGCUGACGGGUUUGGGGGAAGGUUGUGUGCGCAAAAUGUGACUAUGAUAUCAUAUCACGUGGAAAUUAACGUUUUGAGAUGCACCUACGAUCGACAUUGUUGAAUUUCUGGUGUUUUGUAAAACCUCAGUAGACCGUCUAAAUUGAGGUACAUAAUAAUUACUGAAAAUCAAUAAAGAACAAACUUGAGUUAAAAAUGGUACAAAAGCAUUUCAUUAUGUUAACGUUAACUGUAAAAGAUUAAUAUAAAUCUGUUUCUAUGAAAGUAUCACGUCGCGAGGACAAACGAAUGACAUGCCAAAUUACCACUGAGCAGGUUCAAAGUUUCCACGGUUAGUUUCUUGAAAUUAUUCUGGUUCCAAACAGAGAUACGCGAGCAAUAAAUGUGCUUUCCUCUCUAUCCGUCUUCCAGGAAAACAAAAACACUCACGUCGUCAUCAUCAUCAUUAUCAUCAUCGACAACAACAACUUAUUUAAUUUUAUUAUUUUCCCCUGCUUUCAUUAAUAUUUUGUUUUGUCCUGGAUCAUUUGUUCCUGUCUUAAAACCUCAGUUCCCAACCGACAAUACGCGACAAGAACUGUAGAGAACUCCGUACGAGCAAGAGUUGGCGAAUAUGCAAGAGUCCAAUGUCCGGUGUUUUCACUGGACAUUGAAUUCCAGGCUGUGUACUGGUCUUACUGCACCACUGAGAACUGUAACAUGAAAGAGACCGAAUGGUCAUGGAUUGCAGGCAUGAAUAGCACGAGGGUUACUAUGGUCAAUGGCACCGGUAAGUUGAAAUUUUUCAAAAAGGUGUCGAACAAAAAUGCAGGCAUGUAUUAAAAGUGUAUUUGUGACUCACCGACACUAUUGCAGAUUUGUCCAUAACUUCAUCAAGGCCGACGUGACGUGUUGUUUGAUUAGUUUACAUCCAGUGCCUGAGAUUUUUUUGAAAAUGAGAGGUCUUGCAAUACUGUCGCCAAUGGUAACAGCUAAUGUUACGCAUGCUACACGCCUCUUUAAAGAGAACCGACGUACCAACGUCUUAGCCAAGAAAACUUGUUUACUAGCUGAAACCCAACCUACCUGAACCGUUUCGCAAAAGUUACCGUAUGCUAUGUCUAUUACCAUGCCUUUUUACGCCUUUGCUUACGUGUAUGUCUGUCUACUGAUGUCUAUGCCUCUGCCGAUGCUUAUGCCUAUCCCUAUGUCUAUGCAUCAUAUUAUGCCUAUGCCUAGGCCUAUACACAUGCCUAUGUCUGCACGUAUGCCUAAGCCCAAGCCUAUGCCUAUGCCUAUGUCUAUGUCUAUGCCUAUGCCUAUGCCUGCGCAUGCCUGCGCCUAUGUCUAAGCCUAUACCUAUGCCUACCCUUGCCCACGCCUAUGCCUGCGCGUGUCUACGCUUAUGCCUAUGUCUAUAACGUCUAUACCUAUGCCUAUGCCUAUGCAUGUCUAAGUUUAUGCCUAUGCCUACGCCUAUGCUUAUGCCUACUGAUGCCUAUGCUUACUGUCUGUAUUCAUAUUCACGUCUAUGACUUUUCCAGGUCCCUAUGCGAACCGAGCAAACAUGUCCUUGAAUGGAACCUUAGGAAUAAGCAAGGUGAAAGCAGGAGACCAGACAGUUUACAAGUGCACCGUGAACGAAGGAGACUUCACUUCUCCACUAGUGUACUUUGUCACGUUAGAUGUUGAUUCCAGGGGUAAGGCGAUUCUUGCUCUUGAACUUGUUAGACGUACGUAAUUUCCAUUGACGAAUCAGACAUUGAUCUCUUUCUCCAUGUUGUGAACUCCGCUCUACUUCUUCACUUGACUAUGGGAUUGGAUACAGUAUAAACUAACUAAUGAGAAGACCGACUUAAACUUAAACUUAAACUUGCGUUACUUUUUGCUUGUUUUUAGUGCGGCCCGAGAUUACUUCACGAAGCCAAAGUGAGGUAACUGCACUUGAAGGACACGUGCUUUACUUGAAGUGUGAGGCAACAGGCAUUCCUCCUGCCAUAGUAACUUGGAGGAGAAAUGGGCAUGUCAUUCAGAACCGUACAACUCAAACCAACUACAUCCGAGAGAAUGUCAUAACAGCCGCUGAAGGGGUUUACGAAUGCGAGGCUUCUAACUCGAUUGGAACCGAUAGUUACAUGGUUGUGGUAAAGAUAAAAACAGCUGAAGGUAAAGGUGUACGUUUAAGAAAAACGAUUAAC